GGGCACAGGCACUAACACAGGCCUGAGGCACAGAAGGGAGUGUUGCUAGGGAGAGGGAAACUCAUGCAGAGCAACUCUUGGCUGAAGAGCUUGCACUUCCUACUCUCUGGGAGUGAGUGGGCAGGCUGCCUUUCCUACAGGUCUCCUGGGGUCCCUUAUAAUGUCUGGCUCAUUGACCUUCAGGGAGUUGGUUAAUUUGGCCAUAGGGUCUCCUGAGCUUGGGGCAGUAAAUUUCAAUGCCCUCCACUCACUGCUACAUGGGCUGCUGGAUCACCUGCAACUGGGAGACAAGAGGAAAACUCUGUCCCAAGAGGAGAGAGACUUCAUACAGCCAGUUCCUGUAAGUGGAGACUUGGCCACAAAAGAUGUGAGGCCAACCUCCCUGUUCCACCAGCUGCAGGACAAGAUGGCCAAAAUGGAGGCCAGACUAGAACAUCUGGACUCCUUGCCCACGUCUGACAGUCUACUUCAGCGCAGCCAGCAGGAGAAGCAGCCAGUUCAGGAGAUGUGGCAACUGAUCCAGCUUAGGAAGAAAGUGGAGAUGAAUGAAGAUGGUGUCCACAAGGCCAUGAGCACCUUCCAGGAACUGCUCAGCACCUUCAACAGCCUUAAAGAGACCACCGCACGUUUACAGGACAACCUUGGGGCCUUGAAAGGCUUUGUGGCACAGAUCAACAUUAAUGACAUUGAGCAGCGACUGCAAGACCUGGAAGGGCGGAGUCGGAACAUCCCCAUCAUGGCAGAUAAACUGGAAGCUGUGUCCAACAGGCUGAUGUCCUACCCUGAGUCCUCAGACCUUCUGACUUGGGGAUCCUUCCAUGAAUCUGUGACUGAUCAUAAGUCAGGCCUUGCAGUGAGCGAUGAGAAGAAGCAGUCGGAGGCCAAACACAUGCUGAGGGCCCUGGGGCAACUCCCUGACAGGCACGAGGGGCUGGAGCUGCAAGUCUGCGCCCUACAGGUGGAGCUGAGACGUCUAGAGGAACAGAUCAGCAAGAAGGGGGCCCCCGAGGAUUUGCUGCAGCAGCUGCACCGUCUCCGAGAGGAUGUGGAGAGAUUAUUUAUUGCCAACAAGAAGGGGGCAGACGAUUUGUGGGAUAUGCAGAACGCUCUACAGCAGCUGAACUUGGGUCUCCAACAGCUCCGAAGCAGAACCGACUCACUGGCGGCAGAUCUGGCAGAGACUGCGACCCUACAAGGUCAGAUUAGUGAGCUGGAGAGGAAGAAGUUGGACCGGGAGGAACUGAGCCUAGAGCUGAGCACGAAAGCAGAUAAACGGGCCCUGGAGGCCAAAGUCAGCCAAUCACAGCUGGAGGCAGCGGUCACCCAGGUCAGCUCUGUUUUGGAUGAUUUGGUCAAGAAGCUCUCGGUGCAGGAGGCCGAGUGGCAGAACAUGCUGGAGAAGCUGUUGGCAGGCCUGGAGGCAAAGCUAAGCCGCUCGGACCUGGACUCCAUACAGAAGAAUAUGGAAGAACUGUGGCGGACCCUGAAGAAACACCUCAGUGCUGGAGACCAGUAUGAUCCAGAUGGCGCUGCAGGGUCCAGAAAGAGGCUUUUUGAGAAAGUUAAGUGUAUCUCUUGUGACCGACCUGUGACCAUGGCUACCGGACCGCACCUGGUCACCGUUCGGGCAGCCAAUCUUGUCCCCCGGAGUCAGUUGAAUGGAGCAGAAUUCAGUCGAGAGAAGAACUCAGGGGAUCCUGUGGAGGUGGUAGAACCCGAGUUCCAGUACUCAGUGCCCCCCCGCCCCCACACAUCCUUCACUCACCAUCCGAAGAUGUCUCGAGCCAAGAGCCUGGCCACUGUGCUUACGUAUGGAGACCCGGGACAGGCCUUGUACAAGAAUAGUGAGGUUGACCUGAUGGGAGUUGACGGGAUCAUGUACCGGGGGCGGCUGGACAGGACUCUGCCUUAUUACCCCCCAGAGAGGGACCCCUCUGGUGUAAGGAGCCCUCAGCCCCCUGUCCGGAUGGAAAGGUCCCGCUCGGCGACACCGCUGCACCGCUACCCUGCCCCCGCCAUCUCCCAUGAGUCCCUAAAUAGCAGCAAGAGGCCCCAGGGUCAGACAAGUUUAACCCCUCGCUCAGCUUUCCACGUGCCAACCUCCAGCGACACCCCCACCCCACUACAGCCGCCGGACCCCUGAGAGAUGGAGACACUCUGCACCCCCACACUCUCACAGACCCCCCCACAUCCCUGUACAGACAAUGUAUGUGCUACAGAUCAAUAAAAUAUUAACCCUCUGUC